CGGAGGGGGCGCCCCCAGGAGGCCACGCCCGCGGGACCCUGGCUACAGCCCGCCGCCUCCGGACCCGGGGAUGACCCCAGCGUCGCGCCCCUCCCCCGCCGGCCACGCUUAACCGGCAGCGAUCGGUUGCCCGGAGAGGAUCCUCGGACUUCACUCUGCGUCCCAGUUUCUAGAGAGUCGCAGCCCAAGCCGCCCUCCGCGGGUCCCUCCCGAGGCCCUAGCAGAAGGGACCAUGAAAGUGAGAUCGGACAGCGGCGGCGACAGAGAUGUGUUGUGUGUUACAGAAGAGGAACUGGCUGGCGAAGACGAAGACAUGCCAUCCUUCCCAUGCACACAAGAGGGCCGACCAGGGCCCCGCUGCGGCCGCUGCCAGAGGAAUCUGUCCUUACACACGUCGGUGCGGAUCCUUUACCUCUUCCUGGCCCUGCUCCUGGUGGCCGUGGCCGUGCUGGCCUCCCUGGUCUUCAGGAAAGUUGACUCUCUCUCCGAAGACAUUUCCUUGGCCCAGUCCAUUUAUAACCAGAAGCUUACGUCUGUGCAGGAAAAUCUCCGAGGACUGGAUCCGAAAGUCCUGAGCAACUGCUCUUUCUGCCAGGAGGCUGGGCAGCUGGAGCAGGAGAUCCGCAAGCUACAGGAGGAGCUGGAGGGGAUUCAGAAGAUGCUGCUGGCCCAGGAGAUCCAGCUGGCCCAGGCCUCCCAGGCCCAUGAACUGCUGGCCACCACCAGCGGCCAAAUCACCCAGGAGAUGGGCAAUUGUUCCUUCUCCAUCCGCCAGGUCAACCAGUCCCUGGGGCUCUUCUUGACCCAGGUGAGAGGCUGGCAGGCCACCACAGGCAGCCUGGACCUCUCUCUGAAGGACCUUGCCCAGGAGUGCUACGACGCCCGAGCUGCGGUGAACCAGAUCAACUUCACCGUGGGGCAGACAUCCGAGUGGCUUCAUGGGAUCCAGCGGAAGACAGAUGAAGAGUCCUUGACCCUCCGGAAGAUUGUCACCGACUGGAAGAACUACUCUCAGCUCUUCAGCAGCCUGCGCGCCACCUCCGCCAAGACUGGGGAAGUGGUCAAGACCCUCCAGACCACGCUGGGGACCACCUCGCAGCGCAUCAGCCAGAAUUCUGAGAGCAUGCACGACCUGGUGCUGCAGGUCAUGGGCCUGCAGCUGCAGCUGGAUAACAUCUCGUCCUUCCUCGACGACCACGAGGAGAACAUGCACGACCUGCAGUACCAUACCCGCUACGCCCAGAACCGGACAGUGGAGAGGUUCGAGACGCUGGAAGGGCGCAUGGCUUCUCACGAGAUCGAGAUCGGCACCAUCUUCACCAACAUCAAUGCCACCGACAACCACGUGCACAGCAUGCUCAAGUACCUGGACGACGUGCGGCUCUCCUGCACGCUGGGCUUCCACACCCACGCGGAGGAGCUGUACUACCUGAACAAGUCGGUCUCCCUCAUGCUGGGCACCACGGACCUGCUCCGGGAGCGCUUCAGCCUGCUAGGCGCCCGGCUGGACGUCAACGUGCGCAACCUCUCCCUGAUCGUGGAGGAGAUGAAGGUCGUGGACACGCAGCAUGGGGAAAUCCUUCGCAACGUCACCAUCCUACGAGGUGUCCCCGGGCCUCCAGGACCAAGAGGACUCAAGGGAGAUGUGGGCGUCAGAGGACCCAUUGGCAUCAGAGGGCCGAAAGGAGACCCCGGUAGCUUGGGCCCCCUAGGGCCUCAGGGGCCUCAGGGGCAGCCGGGGGAUGCCGGACCUGUGGGAGACCGGGGGCCAGUUGGCCUUCGAGGUGUCUCAGGCCCCAAAGGCUCAAAAGGAAGUUUUGGAACUGGUGGGCCAAGAGGACAGCCAGGCCCCAAAGGUGAUGUGGGACCCCUAGGCCUAGAGGGGCCCCCAGGUCCAGAGGGGCCCCCAGGGCCUCAGGGAAAACCAGGGAUUGCAGGGAAGACAGGGUCACCAGGCCAGCGGGGACCCAUGGGCCCUAAGGGUGAAGCAGGGAUCCAGGGGCCCCCUGGACCCCCAGGCCCCCCAGGGAGGCAGAGUCCCUACUGAGGAGAGACCAGUCCAGGACACUGUCAUAUAGAAUGCAGGAAGGGGCCAAGAGCAGUGAGAGUCCCACAAAGCCUCGCCUAGGGACAGCUGUGGUCUUUUGAUCCCAGGGUUAAUUCUGCAGCCUCAGGCUCUCCAAGGGUGACUGCACAUAGGAAACCAGCCCCCCACCACACAUGACACACAUUUCCUGCAGGUCAGGGGGGUUGGCUGGGAUUCCCUGGCUGGGAAGGAGGAGAGGGCAGCAGAGGACCCCUGUCUGUGACAGGCUCUGCUGGAGGGACGUGGCUACCUCAAGAAGGAGGCCUUCAGUCGACUCCUGAAACAGCGGUCAGCUCCAAUCUCCCCAGCAUGUCACACCCGUCCUGGUCAGCAGGUUCAAGGGAUUCGCUCGUUUAAAAGACCCAGGCAAACCUUGCUAGGAGAUGUUGGUUCAGACCCUCCCCACCAUCACGGGCGGGGCCUGAGCCCUGGGAGAACUGCCCCUUGCCCCAGUAGGAACAGUGGACCAUUCUCAGGCCCUGACCAGCUCAGCAUCUUGUCCCUAACAAUCUGGAGCAAUCCACAAAGAAGUCAAGCAAGAGUCCCACCUGCACAGUGCCAGUAUGUGGGCCCUGGAGCACUCUGCCACAUCACAGUGGCAGCUGGCACCCAGGACAGGCCACAGAAGCUGGAGGGAGGGAGCCUGAGGCCUGGGGCCCUCUGCACAGCUGCCCCCUCUGGCCCACCUACUCUGUUCACCAGGGCUGUCAAAACUCGAGGUGGCUGGCCACUGAUCACAGGGCAGCCCCUGUGCUUGCCUGCCCACAGCUACAUGCUGGCCCUUCUCCACCCUGAGCCCUCUCUGCAUAUGCAGCCAGGCUGCCCUGGGCGUGGGGUGGCACACCACAUGGGGCCUGAGCUCCAAAAGGAGCUCACAUGACUUCAGCACCUCAGACCUCCUGCAUACCCUGGCCUACGCAUGCCAUGCGGUGGAGCUCCCCACACAGUGGGGAUGGGGUGGUGGUGGGGUGUCCAGCUCCCUGAGGCUGGACUCCCUACAGAGUUGCCCUGCUGUCAUCUCUGGACCCUUGCCUCCUCAGCCCAGUGACUCGGCAAUGAGCCCUUGUCUGCAGUUCCAAAGCCUCUGUGCCACCGGCAUUGUCGUCGUAGAUGUGCAACUGGUUUGCAUCCCCGAACCGCCCCUCCCCACCCCCGACCCCCGACCCCACUGCCAUGUAUUUCUCUGUCCACAUAUGCUACCAGCAUACUAUUACCAACUCAAUAAAGCGCUGUUUGUUAGA